GUAGAGGCGUCAGCAAAGAGCGUCGCGUCUGUUGAACGUUACGCACAGUGAGAUGGUAGCAUCGGUUGAAAUAAUUUUUAUAAUGGAAUUAAUUAUUUGUUAAUGACAUCACGACAUCGUCACGCAUUGAAAGUGAACAGCUAUAUUACCGUGAGGGCGCACUAUUUAUUUCCGAAAGAGACAUGGGCUCGACGUUUGCAAAAUUGUUGAGAGAUAAUUGCCGCCCCGACAUUUUAGCAGAUAAUGUACGGCAGCUUGUUGGAAAGAAAAGAAAACGAAGCGAAGAACCCGAACCUGAAUUGAACGACCGAAUGCGGGCGCCCAAAAAGAAAAAGCUAAUGUGUACCCCAAAAUACAUUCACAAGACCUUGUUCACUGAGGGGAAGGGGAGUGAUGUGACUGUGAAUGCAUUGGACAAACAGUGGAAACUGCACAAAAUAUAUCUUUCUCAAAGUCCAUACUUUGCAAGUAUGUUUUCGGGGGCAUGGAGAGAAGCUGAUGAAGAUACUGUGAACAUAAAAAUUGUUGAUCCAAAAAUAACAGUCAGUGCUUUACAGACGGUAUUUGGAUCUUUGUAUAUGGAUGAAACUACUUUGGAGCCUUCUGACAUUGUUUCCGUAGUAGCGGCAGCAACACUUUUCCAGUUAGAGGGCAUUAUUGAGAAGUGUGGUGAAGUUAUGCUGGAAACCAUGUGUGCUCAGACGGCUGUUGUUUACUAUGAGGCUGCUUGUGAGUAUGGCCUCAAUGUAGUGAAGGAGAAUGCAUUUAAAUUCAUCCUAAUUAGCCUCCUGUCACGUCUCAAUGAGUUCCCUGAUCAGAUAAAGGCAAUCAGUGAAGAACUGAUGACAAAACUUGUAAGAAGUGUAGAUCUUUUUGUGAUAUCAUCAGAACUUUCUCUGUAUCUUUUCCUGAGGAAGUGGUUGUACCUGCGGUUGAACAUUCCACCUGAUCCAAAUGUGCCAGAUGGAGUAUCUCAGCCUUGCCAUUAUUUUCAAAAUAUAAGAAAAGGUUUGUUACCCUUUCUGUUGACUGAUGAGGGGAAGAAAUAUGUGGAAACAUUCCAAUCAUUGAGGUUACAACAUAUUAUUACUCAUUAUGCAGAUCUUGGAAUACUUGCAAAUGAUAAUAUAAUUCCACAAAACUGGUUAACACCAUUUUACCGCAUUCAGUGGAGUAAUGUCUUGCGCAUCAACCAAGGACUGGAUAAAGGACCAGAGGAGAUGAACAACCAAGAAUUUUGGGGAAGCUGCAUGCGUCUUGGUCGCGUUGUGCCAGAGCCUAACAGUAUGUGGCGGUGGAUGGACUUCAACAAUGGACUAGAUCUUGUGUGGUCGUGUGAUGCCUUGUCUGUUAAAGUUAAAAGGUCACACGAGACAGACAGUACAUUUCUGUUGAGCCAGGCACCGAGGCGGCACUUCAUGGUUAGGGUAAGAGUUGCCCAUUACGGUAACAAUGGGCAGCACCCAACAAUUGUCACCCAGUCAUCAGGAAUUAAAAAUAUUGCACUGUUUAAGAAUGAAGAGGUUGUAAUAAUGUGCCUUAGCAAGAAACUGAACUUCCCUCUAAUGGUAUCAGUGAACAUGAUUUCUGUGAAGCCUUCACCUGUCAUUCUGCCUAAUACUAUGGAGAACAAAAGUAUACAGUGUCCAGACAUGAUCUCAGAUGAUGCAGCACUAGACCAGGACGUAGUGGAGAAUUUGAUGUCAGAGAGCUUAGAACAUAUUUACACAUCUACCUGUAUUACAAGCCAGGGAGAUGGGAUGUAAUGGUACGAAUAUCUUUGACAAAUAUAUAAAAGUAUUUACAUACAGUUUAAGCUCUCAGUGCUGCAAUUGAUUGCAUGAAGACAGAGAAAAAUGUUGUACAAGUACUGUGUUCCAGCUGUGAAACAGUUGUAGCAUUUUUCUAUUAUUACUAUUAUUGUUGUUGCUUUAAGAAAAUUGUAAAAUAACACAAAAGCGUACUAAAAUAUAUUUAUUUAUUGUAGCUCAUGUGACUAAACUUCAUGUACCCAUUCUAUUUAUUUAAAUCUUUUUUUUUUUUUUGUAUUUCAUAUUUAUUUGGGAACUAUAUAAUUGUGAAGAAUUGUGCUGUGUUACUAUUACAGUUUCACAACUGAAGUUACCUUUUUAUUAUUUAUUCCAAUGGAUAAUAUGAUGCUAGGUUCAAAAAAUGUUGUCACAUUUAUUUCUUUUUUUCCAUUCAUAGAAUUGGCAUUUUGGCUGUAUUUAUCUGUUCAUAUUAGAAUUCCUUUGAAGGUUAAGAUUAUGGAAUCACUAUACAUGUUGUGUGUCUUAUGCUAGAGAGACAGGUAUUGUUUGACAAGUUUAGUUCCUUAAUAUAUCAAUGCAAUUACAAUGUUAAUUAGAUUGUGUACUUAUAUCCCCACUGAAAGUGUUACAGAGUCUUGGAAACACACUUAUCAUUUGCUGUCAAAUGUAUAUGUACAUAUUUACAUAGUCAUGGGAUCAUAUUCAUGUAUUUACUCAUGGAGCUUAUUGGUUUUAAUCCUGUUUAACAUCUAGAUUAAGACUGUUUAACUUAAGACAUGGCAUAGCAUUCAUAUCUGGUGCUGUAUAGUAGACUAUGCUUUUUAAUUAAAUGUGCUGUUUGUUCAUAGUGAAAUGAAUGCUAUGUUAAAGGGACAAUUCUAAAAAUCAGAUUUUGGAGAGAGUGUCUGAUACAAAGAGUUUUACAUCAACUUUACAGAGACUGAGUGUAUAUUGCCAUCAUUCCAUGUACAUGAUAUCACAUCAAAAUUGUAUAUCUCUAUGCUUAGUGCAUGCAUGCUAAAAUAGUGGAAUAGCCAUUUGAGCAUAUUAUAUGCAUGACAUGCACACAAAAAAACUGGGCAAGAAACUUUCAUAUGUUAUUUAUUUACUGAUAUUUAUUUGAUAUUUAUAGAACAAAGUGACAUACCUCAUUUUUUGGCAAAUGUAAUUAUUGAAUUAAAUAAUGUUGAGAGAUUUAUCAUACCACAAGAACUGCCUGUGAUUAUUCAUCUCACUGUCUUGUGAUCCUCUCCUCUCUGCCCCUUUCUAAUUUAUGGCUGUUGGCAAUUAUGCUUAAUCAGUGAGCACUUCAUUAUGCCCUUUACAUUUUGAGCAAAUCUGUGGCAGGGCAUAGCACAUAUUGUUAAUUACAUCCAGUUGUUAAAAGGAACAUGUCAUACAUCUCUUUCCUACAGGUGUUCACAUUAAAUGAAGCUGCAAUGGAAACUUGAUGAUGAAUAACAUAUAUUUCACUUCUGUGAAACUUCUAAGCAUCAUUUGAUAGCCAAAUGAUUGCAUGAUAUGUUAUUUAAACUUUGUUUGCUUUAGUAUGAGUCACUGGACAAUUUAUUUUCUGCUUUUUUGCUAGAAUUUGAAUUACUUUUAGAGUGACGGGCAUAUUUUUGUUCUUUAAUAUUGCAGAUAUUCUCUGUGGUGCAAGCUGUUACCAUAACAAUCAAAUGAUCUGUGAUUUUUCACAAGUUGUUAUUUUCUGAGGUUGUGGUCAUAUUUAUGUUCUAUAUUUCUUAGACAGCUGUAUAUUGCAUUGUAGCAAAAUGCACAAUACAAUGUAUAUUUGUAUAAAUAUUCGUAUGAACACGUGUAAAAAUACAAAAAUCCACUUCUGUGGAAUGAUGAAUUUUCUAUUAAGUGCAAAGCUUGAGAAUAACAGACCAAAGAAAACAUGUGGCAGUCAUAUUUUAUUUGUGGUACCUAUGCUUUUACUGUAGUAUAUGUAAUCUGUUUAAAGUCAAAUUAACUAUGUAUUGCUUCGAAAAGACGAAAAAAGAAAAGGCGCACAACUCAUUUAUGUUUUUGUCAGAUGAGGGCAGCUUAUCUGCUUAUGUUCAGUUGUACUAUAUAUGAACACUUUCAUACAAAAAAUAGGAAAAAAAUGGUUACAUAUUGCAAACUAUUAUGAGACAAUGUUAAAUAUGUAAAUCGACCUAAACCUUACACACAAGGCAGCUGAAACAAGUUACCUGACUAUUACUCUUGUUUCAAAAUACAGGAGUCUGAUGCACAGAUUGACACUUAUAUUUACUUGUAACUUGCUCAGAUGGAAUCAAAUUCAGAAAUUUGCAUCUUUAGUGAUUUUGUUUGACUGGCAUAUUUCUAUGAUGCCCAAAAAACAAAAUUUACCAAGGACACAAGUACAGUAACUUGAGAAACCUUUUCUUACUACAUUUGUGCAUCUGUUAGCCCUGGUGC